AUAAGAAAACAGCCAGAUAUGCUUCUUAUCACAAAUAUACUUAUAUCCUUGUUUAUUGGUGUUAUAAGGCUUGCUUGAUGCUCUUGAAAUCUUAUCCUGUGGGCCGGCUGAGUUUCAAUGGAUGUGAAAAAACUGAAAAUUGCAGUGCUUCCUACUACUACUUUCUCCGUUUCUAAAUAUAAGUCUUUUUAGAAAUUUCACUAGAAAACUAGAAUCUAUAUUCUAAAAUAUGUCUAUAUAUGUCUGUAUGUAAUCUUCUAAUGAAACCUCUUAAAAGACUUACAUUUAGGAACGGAGGGAGUAGUAUUUUACUGUAAAUUUGUACUAUUGCAAGAAAGAAAGAAAGAAAUAGAGUGCAGAGGCGGAAAAGGCGGUGACGGGUUGAAAUCAAACACGUAGCGCGAAAAAAUCGAAAGUUCGAAACGAACCGAAACAAAGUAAAUAAAAGGCAAGGGUUAGGUGCCUCAGAUUUCCCAAAACCACCACGGCAUUAUUAAAGAACGGCCUCCACAAAGGCAAAGCCAGCAUUAGAAUACCCACAAGUACGCCCCCAUUGCAGGGACACAUACAUGCACAGUCACCAGGAUGCAAAAGUAGCCCUCCCAAGGCAACAAGAAAGCCAAAGCUUUGCUUGCACCAGCCCACUCCAAUCAGUAGAAGAGAGAGUGAGAGUGAGAGUGAGACAAGCCAAAUCAAAUUAAGGGCAAGAAGAGCCAAGAACACCGUAGUUAGCCUAGCCAUAUCAUAUAAACCAAACCAGAGGCCAGCAGGCAGCAGUGCACAUAAGAACAGGGAAGGAGCAGGACGAACCUGAGCAGCAGCAGCAGCAGCAGGAGCAAGAAGAUGGACGGCAUGUACUACCCUCAGCGUUUCAGCAACAUGAUGAUCGGCUACCUCAACCUGGCGACGCUGCUGGCCUCGAUCCCGGUCAUCGGUGCCGGGCUCUGGCUGGCCAAGGGCUCGACGACGACGUGUUCCUCCAUGCUGCAGACGCCGCUGCUCAUCGUCGGCUUCGUCGUGCUCCUCAUCUCCCUCGCGGGCUUCGUGGGCGCCUGCUUCCACGUCGCAUGGGCGCUGUGGCUCUACCUCUUCGCCAUCAUGCUCCUCAUCGGCAUGCUGCUCGGGCUCACCAUGUUCGGGUUCGCCGUCACGGCGGGGGGAGGGGGCACGCAGGUGCCGGGGAGGCCCUACAGGGAGUACCACAUCUCGGACUACUCCUCGUGGCUCCAGAAGCAUAUGCAGGACGUCAAGUACUGGAAGCCCGCGCUGGCCUGCGUCGUCGGGUCCAAGGCCUGCCCCAAGAUCGCCAACUGGACUCCCAUGGAUUACCUCCAGCAUGAUCUCACGCCAAUACAGUCUGGGUGCUGCAAGCCGCCAACAUCAUGCACAUACAGCGGGGGGAUGCCGGUCGGAGCGCAGGACGAGGACUGCUACCAGUGGAACAAUGCCCCAAACAUCCUGUGCUACCAGUGUAACUCGUGCAAGGCCGGCGUGAUGGAGCAGGUGCGCCAGGACUGGCACAAGAUCUCCGUGCUCAACGUCAUCGUGCUCGUCUUCCUCAUCUGCGUCUGCGCCUGCGGGUGCUGCGCCUUCAGAAACGCCCGCCGAUCCAUCUCCGAGUACCCAUACGGGGUAAACCGCAUGUCCAAGAUCAACCCACGCUGGGACUACUACUGGUGGCGAUGGUUCCGCGAUAGGAGGGAACAGAUGUACUAGGCUAGCCAUGGAACUCAACUCAUGUAUAAUAUUUUCUUGAUGGUAAAUGGCCGAGGGGUUGGGUCAGUUCUUCAUAGCAUUCUGGUAGCGACCAAUAAUUGAUCUUCUGUAGAUAUUCAGCAUGAGGAAAGUACCAAGAUGGUGAAGUGGAAGGCAUGUGUAGUUUAUCCAGUAUUGGUAGAAUGCUUUGCAUUUUGUAGCAUAUUUAGUUAGAGAAUUCAGAAGACAAGAGAUUGCUUGUCUAUGGUGGGAAAUCCAGUCAGCUAUAUAUAUGGCCAUAUCAGCA